UUUUAAUAAGUCAUUUGAUCCACUACUGAUAGAAAGUUAGGUGGAAAUUGCCUUCGCGGAAGUUUUGUAUGUGCAGGUUAUCCACCUCAACGCGGGCCAGGAUGGCAGAAGCCGGACAACAAGGCUCCAGCAGUUCCUCUUGAAUCCAAGGACCCAACCUACAUUCCCCCAGGAGCUUAUGGGAUGCCACAGCAAAGUCCUUACGGUAAUCAACCUGUGAAGCGCGAAUCCCUGCCACCUUAUCGUGGCCAGGCUCUUCGCAUAGACCCCCCACAAGGCCGCCCUUUGGUGACCGACGACGACCGGCCAACGGCAUCAACAUUGCCCAGCGCGUCUGUGACCAGUCCCGAAAACAAACUCUCUGCCCUUCCUUAUACUCCUGCAAACGUAUUCCCAACUCCAGUCAGCGCAAAUCCUCAACCACCGCCACCCUUCGGAGAAAGAAUGGCAAAGGAAUACCAGCGUGUGCCUCCGCUGCACGAUCUCAGCAGGACAGAGCCGGAGUCUGCCCAUUUAGGGAACCAGCUUCCACAGAUUAAUAUACUCCACCCGACGAGAACCAACAGUCCUGCUCCUCCUCCGCCGGCACCGACAUCAAAUGCACAAGUCGCUGCUCAGCUGGCUUUAUCGCACUCACAGUUCCCCCAGAGACGAACUCAAAAAGAGGAGAUGUUGUCAGGACGACAUUACUAUCCUUUCGACAAGGAGCUUUGCCUGGAGCGUGAGCGUUGCUCUGCGGCUUGCUGGAGGUUCAACAAUCUCACCACUCCCCCUACUAACGGUGUAUCGCCCGAAGAGCGGGCUCGCCUAUUCCUCGAAAUUCUGCAACCUCGUGAUCCUGUUCGAGUUUCUCCCACAGAAGCUUCCCCAGUCACCAAUGUUGGCCGGGUAGGCAGGCAUGUCGCUGUCGAGACACCCUUCAUUUGUGAUUACGGUUAUAACAUCACCAUUGGCCACCACGUUGUCAUUGGACGUAACUGCACGAUCAAUGAUGUAUGCGAGGUCAAGAUUGGCGACAACUGUGUUAUUGGACCGAAUGUCAGCAUUUUUACGGCAGGACUUCCUAUUGAUCCCAAGAAACGCCAGGGUGGUCAAGGGCCUCAGAUGGGCAAACCUAUCACCAUUGAGCAGGACUGCUGGAUUGGCGGAGGUGCCAUUAUUCUUCCAGGAAGGACCAUCGGCAAAGGCAGCACUGUUGGUGCCGGAUCAAUUGUCACCAAGGUAAGCUUACAAAGACAGGUCGAUAAAAGAAGCCGACAGCUAACUCCAUAGCAGGAUGUUCCUCCUUUCACCAUUGUAGCUGGAAACCCCGCAAGGGUCCUCCGGGGCAUCGCUUCUUAAUGCUUAUUUUUGGCGUUGCCUUAUUUUUCACCUUGAGUCACGAUACCCCAGUGUAUUCGCAUGUGUAAAGAUAGCACUGUUGAUGGCCGCUCAGCCGUAAGGUUACAAAAUGGUCAACGAUAUACGAAUGGCGCGAAGCGUUACAAAAGCCUCAGCAUUGCCUUUAUUACCGAUUUUUGUUUUCUUUCUCUGUCUUUUUGACUAUACUGGACGGAUUUGCUAUUGGAGUGGGAGCUGAGUGCGGCAGGAAAAGCAAAUUUUAAUUGGAGGCGCCAUGAGAUUUAAUAUGCGGAAAUACGGGCCGCUAUGGGGAGGUAGAAAACCUCAUGUGACGAGAUGGAGUGACGGACGUGUUGAUGAAUUGGGAUGGUGGUAUUGUUUUUUGGGU